UCCCCCGCUUGCCGUCCCGCCUCCCCGGACCUGCGCGGGACGCCGGUCUACUGCUGCCGGAGCGGGCGGUUCAGGGACUUGAAGUCGGCCCGGGCAUUGCCCGGGAAGGACUCGCGACCCCGGGCUGCUGUUCGCUGGGGUAGUGCCGGAGCCUCCGCCGGCGGAGCACGGCUGGGGAGGCGCAGUCCCCGAAACCCCGAGGCCUGGGAGAGGUGAGCUGCAGAAGGUCGGCCGAAUGCGGGACGGACGGAGGACCGGGGCCUCGGGAGGAUGCGGCGCCGGGGCGCGGGGCACAGGCCCGAGAGGCGCGAGUGGGGGCUUUGUGGGCGCAGGCAGGGGGGUCAAGGGCCCGCACCCCCGAUGUGCCCGCCUGGCCCGCACCAGCUGUCUCGCGGACGCGCCGCUGACCGCGGCAGGUCGGGCACCUGUCCCCACCGGCCCAGGCCCUGGUCACACUCCUACUCCCUCCGGACUCGUGCCCGGCGCUUGGAUUUGCUGGCGUUUGGAUUUGCUCCCGGCUGCCAGUGAACGUGAGAAACUGUGUUUCCACCCCCUCCCCGGCGCCACUGCCUUCCCGGGCUGCAGGCGCAGAGAUGUGUUUUCCGAUAGAAGUGAGUUGCCGGCUCCCCACCCCCCUACCGCGGAAUCUGGACUGGAACCCAAGUUUUCGGUCUCUGUGCCUGCUCCCCCAGACGGCAGCCCUCCGGCCGCCGUCGGAAAACUGCUGUCGUCCGUUUCCCAAGCACUUUUCUCUAAAAACCUGGAAGGAGAUUCCUUGACAGGAGGGGGAGGAGUUGGGGGCGGGUGCAGCUUGAGGUGGAGAGGAGUUGUCCCCUCCCCUGCGGGCGGUGAGGUUAGGGGCGGUGAGGUUAGAGCCGGUGCUGUGGAGACGCGCGGUACGGAGGAGCACCCUCACUGGCUGUGUGCACUGGGGCAAGUGGCUCCCACUCUGCACUCACUUUCCUGAUCUGUAAAAUAGGCGUGGACAAUGGCAGCUAUGCUGGGGAACCGAACGAUGUGAGCCGUGCCUGGCCCCUGGGGCAGGUUCAGUAAGUUGUUGCUGCUACUGAAGCUGGAGUCCUAGGUCUUUUUUCUCUGAGCCACAGGAGAAAGAGUUGGGCCCCGGCCCACUGUGGGCUGGCCCUUGUCUCUGGGCCUGUCCAGCUCCAGCUCCUUCUGACUUCCCUCUCCGAGGGCACGUGGCCUCAGUCUCAGGUGGUGGAAGGAUUUCAGAGCUGGUGAUUCUCAGGGGCGGAAACCAGAAGGGGCUUCUCCGUCCUGGCUCCCUUUUUCCUCUUUCAGAUUUGUCUUCUGGAGACUCCACCCAUCCUCAGGGAAGAGCCCAGAAAGAAGAUAUGGCUAUUGGACCGAGGGAAGCAACAUCUCAAGUGUCGGUGACCUUCGAGGAUGUGGCUGUGCUCUUUACACGGGAUGAGUGGAGGAAGCUGGGUCCUUCUCAGAGAAACGUGUACCAGGAAGUGAUGCUGGAGAACUACAGUAACCUGGUCUCACUGGGACUCCUGUUUUCCAAACCAAGAGUGAUCUCCCUGUUGCAGCAAGGAGAAGAUCCCUGGAAGGUAGAGAAAGAAAGUCCUGGAGGCCCCUCUCUAGGAUGGAAGAGCAGUCACAAAACCACGAAGUCAACUCAGACACAAGAUUCUUCUUUUCAGGAGCUGAUAAUGAGAAGAUCCAGAAGAAAUGGACCCUGGGACUUUAAAUCAGAAAAACCCUGCAUUUAUGAAGAGAGAUUAGAUAAAAAGCAGGAGAAAAAAGAAAGUUUUCAGGCAGUUGCAGGCAGCCACAAAAAAAUCCUCAUUGUAGAAAGAAGCCAUAGAAAUAAUGAUUUUGGCCAAAACUUCAGCCCAAAGUCAGUCCUUGUUAGGCAGCAGAUGGUUCCCAGAGAAAAAACACCACCAAAAUGUGAAAUACAAGGAAACAGCUUCAAACAGAAUCCAUAUUUGCUUAAUCAACCAAAAAUCAACACCACAGAGAAACGCUAUAAAUGUAGCAUAUGCGAAAAAACCUUCAUUAACACUUCAUCCCUUCGCAAACAUGAGAAAAACCAUAGUGGAGAGAAAUUAUUUAAAUGCAAAGAAUGUUCAAAAGCCUUUAACCAAAGUUCAGCUCUCAUUCAGCAUCAAAUAACUCAUACUGGAGAGAAGCCCUAUGUAUGUAAAGAAUGUGGGAAAGCCUUCACUCUGAGUACAUCCCUUUACAAACACCUAAGAACCCACACUGUGGAGAAAUCCUAUCGAUGUAAAGAAUGUGGUAAAUCCUUCAGCAGAAGGUCUGGACUUUUUAUACAUCAAAAAAUCCACGCUGGAGAAAAUCCCCAUAGAUACAAUCCAGGUAGGAAGGCAGCCAGCACAUCCCUUCCUGGAUGUCAGAGAAUUCACCUCAGAAAGAAAUCCUAUUUAUGUAAUGAAUGCGGCAACACCUUUAAGUCGAGCUCAUCCCUUCGUUAUCAUCAGAGGAUUCACACGGGAGAGAAACCUUUUAAGUGCAGUGAAUGUGGGAGAGCCUUCAGUCAGAGUGCAUCUCUUAUCCAGCACGAAAGAAUUCACACUGGAGAAAAGCCCUAUCGAUGUAACGAAUGUGGAAAAGGUUUUACUUCUAUUUCACGACUUAACAGACACCGGAUAAUUCAUACCGGUGAGAAGUUUUAUAACUGUAAUGAGUGUGGUAAAGCCUUAAGUUCCCACUCGACACUUAUCAUUCAUGAAAGAAUUCACACUGGCGAGAAACCGUGUAAAUGCAAAGUGUGUGGGAAAGCCUUCCGACAGAGUUCAGCUCUCAUUCAGCAUCAGAGGAUGCAUACCGGAGAAAGACCCUACAAAUGCAAUGAGUGUGGGAAAACAUUCAGGUGUAACUCAUCCCUUAGCAACCAUCAGAGAAUCCACACAGGAGAGAAACCAUACCGAUGUGAGGAAUGUGGGAUCUCUUUCGGCCAAAGUUCCGCUCUUAUUCAGCAUCGGAGAAUUCAUACUGGAGAGAAGCCCUUUAAAUGUAACACGUGUGGGAAAACUUUCAGACAGAGCUCAUCACGUAUCGCCCAUCAGAGAAUUCAUACUGGAGAGAAACCCUAUGAAUGUACUACCUGUGGGAAACUUUUCAACCACAGGUCAUCUCUUACUAAUCAUUAUAAAAUUCAUAUCGAAGAGAACCCCUAGGAAGUAGAUAUGCAUGUGUGAAAGCCUUAAACCAAAGCUCAUCAAAAUACACAAGAGUGAUAUCACAAAAGUAAUGGAUAGGAAAAACCUUUCCGUAAUGUAGGCCUCACCAGAUACCAGAUUCCAAGAAUAAGCCUUGACUACGUAAUAAGUAACGAGGAAAGUAGAAAAUGUUCAUGCCUGCCAGGCACUCUUGAAAAUAACCCGAAAUGAAAAAUUCGCAACUGGAGACAUGGACUUUGGGCUUUUGUAAAAUAAUUCUCUUUCUAUGGCAGUGUACAUGAGAUACCAUAUGUGGUUGUCAUAAACAUCUGGGUGAGGGGAGGUGUGCACUGGAUUUCUCAUUAAAAAAAAACUUCUAAGUUGGUAAUACUUUUUUUUUUUUACAACAAACAUUUAAUAGCAUAUAAAAGAUGUGAUUGAAUUAUACACUUUCAGAAAAAAAGGACCAAAUAAAAGAUUUUUUUUAAAAAGAGCUGCAAACUACCUCUCCAUUUCUGGGGUUUGUCCUUUUCCUGACCUGAUGUCAACUCUGUGCAUGGAUCUCAUUUAAAAAUAGAAAUAAAAGUCUGUUCUCUUCAU